AUGCUGUCAGCGUCAACCAUGUGUCAGCCAUUGUUUCAGCGCACUGCCCUCGCGCAGAAGAACCAGGUCAACGACAAGUCGCUCAACCAACGGUUUAUCCGAGAUUUCAUGAGCCCACGACCUCACCUACGCAUCUCGCUGCACUCCCCCGACUCCAAUUUACCGGUCUGUGUCGCCUGCCACCGCGGUGACUGGCGUAACUACGUCGAGAACACGCUCGAAGCUGUGGAAAGCUGCAUUCAGAUGGGAGCAGACAUUGUCGAAGUCGAUGUCUGGCGCACGAGCGACGGCGUGCUUAUCCUCAUGCAUGAUGAGACGCUCGAUCGUACAACAAACGGUACGGGUAGAGUUUGCGAUCACACCCUCGCUGAGGUGCGUGCGUUGCGUCUGAAGGACGGGCUGGGGAACAUGACCGAGUUCACGGUUCCGACGGUGGAGGAGGUGCUGCUGCUGGCGAAGGACCGCGUCAUCCUCAACCUGGACAAGGCCGACGUGUACCUGGAUGAGCUCUACCCACUGCUUGUGAAGACAGGGAUGGUGGAGCAGACGAUACUAAAGUCGGAGAUCUCCUUCGAGGACUUGUGCAAGAGGUACUCGGUGGAUCUGCUCAACAGCGUUAUUUUCAUGCCUAUCGUGAGUGUUACGGAUACGACAACCUACGAGAGUAUCGACCGCGUCUUCGCCACCAAUCACGACCUGUACGAGGUGAAUUUUGAAAAUGAAAAUACUGAUAUGCUGCACUACAUUCGAAAACUCGCCAAGAGUUCCGGGGCGGCGCUGUGGAUUAACACUAUCUGGCCGACAACCUGCGGCGGCUACAGCGAUGAUCACGCUCUGCGCGACAAGGACGCCAACUGGGGCUACGUGGUGGACCACAUUGGCGCCGGCAUCAUACAGACAGAUCGACCUGCGAUGCUGCUCGCGUACCUUCAAGGGCGUGACUCUUAG